AUGCGUCAAUCAGUCUUUGCCCUUGCGACUUUGUCAUUAUGGCAGGGCUGCACUGCUCAAGCUACCAUAGAGACUCUAGUCCCAUAUCACCCAAGAGAUCUUGGUCUUGCGAGAAGAGAUGCACCACCUAGCAUCACUCUUCAAGAUGAACUCAGUCUUAUCUGGGGAUCUCCAAAUGGUUCAACUUUUGUCAACGUAACCCUUAACACAGGCGAAACCGAACUUCUCAUUUCCACUGAACACUUUGCCGACAGUCUCACGGAAGUGCAAUGCGCCGAGGACCUUAUUCUGACCUUCAAAGAUAAUGCUACCUUUCAAGACGCCGUCGCCGAUUGGUCCUGGGUUAACUUUCAUGCAAACCGUACAUUUAUCAUGAUUAACAACUGGGGACCAUGCGCUGCUUCCGCGGAAUCUGGUAGACAGCCAUGGGUUGUUCACGGAGUCGAUAUUUAUAACGAGCAAAACUUCAUCGUUAACUUCAAUGCCACUCUUUCGGAAUGGGAUGACGUCAUGUCCAAUUCGGUUAUCGAAUUCGGAUCUAUGCCUUCUACUUCAGGCAAGAGAGAUGACACUGUUAGCAAGUCUUUAUCUCUUAGUUUGGCCCACGAUCUUCCCCAGACAUUCUUCAGCAAGUCUACCAAUAGUGGACUCGACUUCUCCAUUGACUGCCCAGGAUGUGCUACUACUGGUUCCAUCAACGUUCAAGGAAAGAUUGUUAUGUCCACCAAUAUCAUCGGUAUUCCAAAUGGUAUCAAGUCUGUCUCUAUCACCGCUACCCCAAAAGGCUUAGGUGCCAACUUGGCUCUUGGAUUUGGAGUUUCGGGUACAUUGGGUAGUGGAUGGUCCAAAGACUGGAACUUGAUUACUGUUGGUCUCCCAGGAUGGUCCAUCCCAAAGAUUAUCACCUUAGGUCCUCAAUUCAGCGUUGAUGCCGGUUUCAUACUCAGUGGUAUCGAAGGCUCUGCCCAAAUUAGAGCGGGUAUGAACGUUGCCAUUCCAGAUUCCUCUUCUGCCGUUCUCGGUAUCAGUGGUGUUGAUUCUAGUUUCAAAGGCUGGGUUCCAACUGUUACUCCUCAAACCCCCAAGGUUAGCGUUGAGGUUGACGGACACUUGGAAUUGUUCACUGAACUUGGUCUUGAUAUUGGGCUUACUGUUCUCGGAAAGUACGGUUUCGGGGGUGGACUUUUUCUUAGAAUUCCAGAUAUCAACAUUGAUCUCGGAGCUGAAUUCAACACCCAAGGUGCAUGUGAUGGAUCAGCUGAUGUCUUCGGUGUUAAAUUGGGCGCCACCGUUGGUGUUGAUCUUAGACUUGGUGUAUAUACUGAGUCUGGCGGAAACAAGGAUUGGAAGGCAAACACCACCAUUUAUCAAAUCGACAACUUGAUCACUCCCAUCGAUAAGUGUUUCCCUCUCGGCCCAACACUUCCAGCUACUGUUAAAGGUGUAUCUAUUAAGACAGUUGGUACCGUUCCAGUUUCUACAUCUACCAAGCAAGCCACCACCUCAGUCAAACCAACUACUAGCGCCAAAUCUUCGACCAAGGCCUCAACUACCUCUGCGAGUGCCACUAUCAAGAUUUCAGGAACCGUAUCAGGCACCAGCAUCAAGGUCUCUGGAACUGGUGUAUCUUCAUUUAUCAAGGCUUCAGGUACUGGUGUUUCAUCAAGCAAGGUCACUGGGACUGGAGUCUAUGGAUAUAGCACAGGGAAGAUCGCCGGAACCGGUGUAUCCUCAUCUACCAAAGUCGUUGGUACGGCUAUUUCUUCAUCCUCUGUUCAUGGAUACGGAACUGCCCCGGUCUAUUCCUCGACUACCAAGCUAUCAGGAAUCGAAGUUUCUUCAUCUAGCAAAGUCAUUGGUACAGGUGUCUCCUCAUCUACCUCAUAUGGUACUCACCCUGAUACUACUGCUUCAUCCAUCAAGGGUGCUAGCACAUCAACUCACGUGACGGAAGGAUAUGGUGGCGUUACUACUUCAAUUGCCAAGUCUUCCGGUACCGUUGUGAUCAGCAGUUCUAUCUAUAUCUCCGCUUCAGGAGUUAGCUCAGUCAAGACCGCCAUCGGUUCGUCAGGCACCUCAUCCGUUCUCGGUCUCGAGACUACCAAAUCCUCUUCCGCCAAAUCAACAACCACCGCCGGUGGCCCAGUGUAUGAAUCUUCCACAUCAUCUACUCUUGGUCUCGAGACAAGCAAAGCUUCUUCUUCAGCCCCAGCUUCAUCCACCAAGGUCUCCAGCACCGUCGUAGCAACCAUCACAUCAACCAAAGCAUCCUCAUCUGCCUCAUCAACCGCUGCACCUACCAAAUCCGCCACCGGCACCAUUGCCCCGGCUCCAACUGCCACAGGUACCGUUUCUACAUGCGAUAAAUGGGUCAUCAUCGAAGAUACCACAUGCUCUUGCCAGAACAUCGAGACAUUCUACGGCGUAACUGCCGCCACUCUCCUUUCCUGGAACCCUGCUUUGGGAAGCGAGUGUAAAUUGACUGUUGGACAAGCAGUUUGUAUUGGAGUCAAGGGCUCCUACAAACGCGCUGUUAAUGGCCGUCUUGCCCGAUUUGUUGAUGCCUAA